GCGGGGGGAUAUUAGGAAGUAUAAUUAAAUUAGGAUACUUCUUUCCUUUCCUACUAGGAUUAUUCUUUCCUUUCCUACUUGUACUUUGAUUACUCUUGUAUUCCCUAUAUAUAGGGUCAUAUCUCUCAAUAUUCAAUAAGACAAGUUAUUAUCAAAUUCCCCCGUCCUUCACAUAUCUGAAUAUCUCUCCAAAGCAACGAUUCACUCAAUUUUAGCUUCCGUCUGAGCUGAUAAAAAAAAUGGCGUCUCCCUUCGGCCACAACCACCACCACCACCACGGCCGGGAAGACGAGUUCCCUCCGCCACCGCACGACGGACGCGGCGAAGUCCACCACGCCGCUCACGGCGGAUUCUAUCCGGAACCGCCGGCCGUCCACCACGUGUCCCACGACGGGAGCCAGCCGAUUCGUCCUUACCGCGACGAUGAUGAGAUCGGCGGUAAUAGGGAGACGUAUAAGAUAUAUUGCCGGGCAGAUCCGGGGCUCUUCCUCUCCAUCCGUCACGGGCAGCUCAUCCUUGCCCGCUCUAAUCCUUCCGAUCCCCACCAGCACUGGUACAAAGAAGAGAAAUACAGCACAAGAGUUAAGGAUGAUGAAGGGUUACCCAGUUUUGCUUUGGUGAAUAAAGGUACUGGUCAGGCCAUCAAGCAUGCCUAUGCUGCCACUAAACCGGUUCAGCUGACAGAGUACAACCCGGACCAUCUCGACAAAUCCAUCCUGUGGACAGAGAGCAAGGACACGGGCGACAACUACAAGGCAAUAAGGAUGGUUAACAACAUCAGCCUAAACUUCGACGCGUUCCACGGGGACAAAGAUCACGGGGGUGUCCAAGACGGCACUACCAUUGUUAACUGGGAGUGGACGAAAGGCGAUAACCAGCGCUGGAAGAUCGUCCCGUAUUACUAUUGAAAACGCUGCACCGAUCAACUAGCGCUGGGUUUCUAGUUAUCAUGUUUGUGUGUUGUGUGUGAAUGAUCAAAUAUAUGUAUGGUAAUAUUAGAUCAAGAUUUAGUUCUAUUUAUGCUCUUUGGUUUGUGUGUGAUAAUAAUGAGCAAUAAGAAGUGGUCCUAAGCAAUGUGUGUAAUAAUGAGAGCAAUAAAAAGUGAUGAAAAGGCAUGAGGCAUUAUCUCGACAUUAUUUCAUUUGUCCUUUUCUUAUUGAAUAAACGGCUAAAAUAUAAUGACUUUCCCAAU